AAAUUUAGUCUCCAAAGAAGUACCAAAAUUUUGUAUCUGGUGUGAUUUACCCUCACUCCCUGGUAGCCAUUAAUGGAGACCUUGUUUGUGGAGUCAACAGGGCACAUUCACUUCCCCAAGUUCUUCCAAUUUGGGGCAAAAAAUUGUUCCAAAUAGCUAGCACCAGUUGCUUCAUGUUCUCUCCGCCACGCCGGCCGCCCAUCCUGUAUCUCUCUCAGAGAAACCGUAUUUCCUAUCCAAACCUCGAACUGAACGACGCUUCCACAUACAUUGACACAAGCAUCCAAAUAUUAUUUUGUCUUCAUCAUCCCUUCCUCCAAGUAUGGCAGCUGAAGAAGGAAAUGAUCUAUCGUAGAGCAGUUGUCUCCAAAAGCUUUCUGUCUUCAGCAGUUUGCAUCAGAAUUAGAUAUUGCCCAAUCAACAUGGAAGUGGAUGGUUUUGACAAGAUCAUGAAAAUCAAGACUCUCAGGAGGUUUCGGGAAAGCGAGGCCAUGGAGAUUCUUCAAAAGAUAGCAAAACAUGUUCAACCCAUAAUGUCCAAACGCAAAUGGAUAGUUAACACCCUUUCUGAAUUUUGCCCUACAAAACAAUCUCUGUUAGGACUGAACACAGGGAGAGGCAUAGAGGUUAAGAUCAGAUUACGGAGGCCAGAUAAUGAGUUGGAUUUCUUACCUUUCAGUCAGAUUCUUGAUACCAUGCUCCAUGAGCUUUGCCAUAAUGAAUACAUGCCUCACAAUACUCAUUUUUACAAGCUUUUGGAAGAAAUCAAAAAGGAAUCUGAUGAACUGAUGGCUAAAGAGAUAAUAGAAACUGGGUGGAUCCCCUCUUUAACUACCUUUGAUCUUUAUGGAAGACCCUUGGGUGGAUUUCCUCUUCAACAGAAUGCUCUACCAGCAGCAGAAAAUAGAACUGUGGUUGGCGGUUUGUUGCCAUCCGGUACCAUGCAUAUUGGUGACAUGAACAUCAUGUCUACACUCAGCGCCACUCAAGCUGCUGUUAUGGCUGCAGAAAGAAGAUUGUAUGAUGAGGUAUGGUGUGGGUUUGAAUCAUCAGAGAAUGAAGGACCUUCUAAAAUGUUUGAAGAUACUGAACAGUUUGAGUCAGGGGAAUCUACUCAAAGUUCACCUCUUGGAUCCCAAACUAGUCCACGAACAACUGAUUUGAGCUCAAUGUGGCAGUGCAAUACCUGUACAUUACUAAAUCAACCAUUGGCUCUAGCAUGUGAAGCUUGUGGCACUCCAAAAUUUGGGGAUCAUGGGGUUAAGUCCAAGGUCUGGUCCUGCAAAUUCUGUACCUUGAACAACAGUAUUAAGGUAGAUAAAUGCUUAGCUUGCGGAGAGUGGAGAUACUCAUCCGGUGCGCCUGUCACCACACGUGGACCAAAUAUUGGCACCUGAAUCAGAAGAUCAAAGAGAUAGAACCUAAUAACGUCUGCCUCUGCUCCACUGCAUUGCCUCUUUACAGAAGGUAAUGCCCUGAAUACAUACAUACAUAAAAAUAUCUUUUUCUUUCCUUCUUGGUGCUGGCCAGGUGACAACUACUUGGUGCGCCUGGGAGUUUUUAUGUUUUGAUGUAAUAAAAGCAAUGGCAUGUGAUCAAGCUUUUACCUUGUUGGACUGGCAGCUUUGGGAAGAUGCUUUAUACAUGUAAGAAAAAAGAGGGUUGAACUCUAAAAAUUUACUCAUGUUCAAGUGUUCAUGUUUGUACUGCUUGCUUUAGGGUGUAAGACAUUUGUUUGUACUUCACAACACAGGGCAAGCUGUGUAAAAAUUUGAAAUGGUUCCUGGGAAAAGCAACUUUCUUUGUUGCUUACCAGUUUGAGUUGGUUGCUUUAGCUUCAUGGGACAGGUCUGAAAUGGCCAUUUAGAAGAAAUUGAUUGGGGGUGGCAGCAUACCAUGUGGAGGCUGGCAGUUGAUGACCCUUAUUUCCAUUUAAACAAACACCAUCACAAGUGAAAUUAUUAGAAUUCUUUCUGCUUUUAUGCUUUCAAUAACGGGCAGAAAAAUCUUUUGCUUGAUGUGAAUUGGAUUUAUUAACAAAAGUUUUAUCUCUUGUUUAGCUGCUUUAAG